AUGGGCAAGAAGAAAGGAACCAACGCCGCUGAGCAAGUCGGGGUCACAGAGGCCAAGGCAGCACCACCUGUCAAGCUGAUCGAAAUCGCAGCCAACUUAACAGAUGGGAUGUUCCAAGGCUGCUACCAUGGCAAACAGGCGCAUCCGCCGGACCUGCAGGCAGUCCUCUCCCGAGCCUGGGAGGCUGGUGUGGAGAAGAUAAUUGUCACUGGAGGCAGCUUAGAGGAGAGCAGAGCAGCGCUUGCUCUGGCAGAAACAGAUGACCGCCUCUACUGCACCAUUGGCGUCCACCCUACCCGUUGCUCUGAAUUUGACGCAAGUGGCGAUCCGCAGCAGCACCUGCAAUCGCUGCUGAAGCUGGCAGAAGAAGGGAAGGCCAAGGGCAAGGUGGUGGCGGUGGGCGAGUGCGGGUUGGACUAUGACCGCCUUGUGUUCUGCCCCAAGGAGGUGCAGCAGAGGUACUUUGAGCUCCAGUUCGACCUCGCCCAAGCCACCCAGCUGCCCAUGUUCCUGCACAUGCGCGCUGCUGCUGACGAUUUCCUGGAGAUUGUGAAGAGGAACGAGAGCAGGUUCGUGGGCGGAGUGGUGCAUUCGUUCACAGGCACGUGCGGCGAGAGGGACGCCCUUCUAGCAGUGCCCAAGCUGUCCAUUGGAAUCAAUGGGUGUUCACUGAAGACAGAGGACAAUCUUAAAGCCAUGGCGGGAAUACCUCCCAAUCGUCUCAUGCUUGAAACGGACUCUCCUUACUGCGAUGUGCGGCCGACACACGCCGGCCACCGAUUCGUGGGGAGCAAAUGGGCGGCAAAGAAGAAAGAGGCACAUUCGGAGGAUGCGAUGGUGAAGGGGAGAAACGAGCCGUGUGCCAUCAGUUGUGGCAUGGGGCAUGGUAUGGGGUAUGAGGUACUCGCAGCAAACCCGCACCUGCCAUCUCCUCACUGCCCUCCUCACCUGAAUCUUCUGCCCCAGGUACUCCAGCCGAUCGUAGCAGAAGCAGGGGUGCUCCCCUGUACAGGGAGGGGUGCAGGAAGCACAGCUGGAGGGGGGUGGACGGGAGGGGAGGGGGGAGUGGGGGGUUGGUUUGGGGGAGGAAGAUGGGGGGGAGUGGGGGGUUGGUUUGCUUCUACGCCCAUCCCUGCCUCUGCUGGUCGCGGCCAUGCCAGGGCUCUCAGUGCCGCCUCAAGGGACCGGUGCAUCCAAUCUGUGUCAUCCAUGCCUCAUCCUCACCUGCAGUGCCAUCACCAUAUCUUCAUUCCUCCUCUGUUUUGCUUCUACGCCCAUCCCUGCCUCUGCUGGUCGCGGCCAUGCCAGGGCUCUCAGUGCCGCCUCAAGGGACCGGUGCAUCCAAUCUGUGUCAUCCAUGCCUCAUCCUCACCUGCAGUGCCAUCACCAUAUCUUCAUUCCUCCUCUGUUUUGCUUCUACGCCCAUCCCUGCCUCUGCUGGUCGCGGCCAUGCCAGGGCUCUCAGUGCCGCCUCAAGGGACCGGUGCAUCCAAUCUGUGUCAUCCAUGCCUCAUCCUCACCUGCAGUGCCAUCACCAUAUCUUCAUUCCUCCUCUGUUUUGCUUCUACGCCCAUCCCUGCCUCUGCUGGUCGCGGCCAUGCCAGGGCUCUCAGUGCCGCCUCAAGGGACCGGUGCAUCCAAUCUGUGUCAUCCAUGCCUCAUCCUCACCUGCAGUGCCAUCACCAUAUCUUCAUUCCUCCUCUGUUUUGCUUCUACGCCCAUCCCUGCCUCUGCUGGUCGCGGCCAUGCCAGGGCUCUCAGUGCCGCCUCAAGGGACCGGUGCAUCCAAUCUGUGUCAUCCAUGCCUCAUCCUCACCUGCAGUGCCAUCACCAUAUCUUCAUUCCUCCUCUGUUUUGCUUCUACGCCCAUCCCUGCCUCUGCUGGUCGCGGCCAUGCCAGGGCUCUCAGUGCCGCCUCAAGGGACCGGUGCAUCCAAUCUGUGUCAUCCAUGCCUCAUCCUCACCUGCAGUGCCAUCACCAUAUCUUCAUUCCUCCUCUGUUUUGCUUCUACGCCCAUCCCUGCCUCUGCUGGUCGCGGCCAUGCCAGGGCUCUCAGUGCCGCCUCAAGGGACCGGUGCAUCCAAUCUGUGUCAUCCAUGCCUCAUCCUCACCUGCAGUGCCAUCACCAUAUCUUCAUUCCUCCUCUGUUUUGCUUCUACGCCCAUCCCUGCCUCUGCUGGUCGCGGCCAUGCCAGGGCUCUCAGUGCCGCCUCAAGGGACCGGUGCAUCCAAUCUGUGUCAUCCAUGCCUCAUCCUCACCUGCAGUGCCAUCACCAUAUCUUCAUUCCUCCUCUGUUUUGCUUCUACGCCCAUCCCUGCCUCUGCUGGUCGCGGCCAUGCCAGGGCUCUCAGUGCCGCCUCAAGGGACCGGUGCAUCCAAUCUGUGUCAUCCAUGCCUCAUCCUCACCUGCAGUGCCAUCACCAUAUCUUCAUUCCUCCUCUGUUUUGCUUCUACGCCCAUCCCUGCCUCUGCUGGUCGCGGCCAUGCCAGGGCUCUCAGUGCCGCCUCAAGGGACCGGUGCAUCCAAUCUGUGUCAUCCAUGCCUCAUCCUCACCUGCAGUGCCAUCACCAUAUCUUCAUUCCUCCUCUGUUUUGCUUCUACGCCCAUCCCUGCCUCUGCUGGUCGCGGCCAUGCCAGGGCUCUCAGUGCCGCCUCAAGGGACCGGUGCAUCCAAUCUGUGUCAUCCAUGCCUCAUCCUCACCUGCAGUGCCAUCACCAUAUCUUCAUUCCUCCUCUGUUUUGCUUCUACGCCCAUCCCUGCCUCUGCUGGUCGCGGCCAUGCCAGGGCUCUCAGUGCCGCCUCAAGGGACCGGUGCAUCCAAUCUGUGUCAUCCAUGCCUCAUCCUCACCUGCAGUGCCAUCACCAUAUCUUCAUUCCUCCUCUGUUUUGCUUCUACGCCCAUCCCUGCCUCUGCUGGUCGCGGCCAUGCCAGGGCUCUCAGUGCCGCCUCAAGGGACCGGUGCAUCCAAUCUGUGUCAUCCAUGCCUCAUCCUCACCUGCAGUGCCAUCACCAUAUCUUCAUUCCUCCUCUGUUUUGCUUCUACGCCCAUCCCUGCCUCUGCUGGUCGCGGCCAUGCCAGGGCUCUCAGUGCCGCCUCAAGGGACCGGUGCAUCCAAUCUGUGUCAUCCAUGCCUCAUCCUCACCUGCAGUGCCAUCACCAUAUCUUCAUUCCUCCUCUGUUUUGCUUCUACGCCCAUCCCUGCCUCUGCUGGUCGCGGCCAUGCCAGGGCUCUCAGUGCCGCCUCAAGGGACCGGUGCAUCCAAUCUGUGUCAUCCAUGCCUCAUCCUCACCUGCAGUGCCAUCACCAUAUCUUCAUUCCUCCUCUGUUUUGCUUCUACGCCCAUCCCUGCCUCUGCUGGUCGCGGCCAUGCCAGGGCUCUCAGUGCCGCCUCAAGGGACCGGUGCAUCCAAUCUGUGUCAUCCAUGCCUCAUCCUCACCUGCAGUGCCAUCACCAUAUCUUCAUUCCUCCUCUGUUUUGCUUCUACGCCCAUCCCUGCCUCUGCUGGUCGCGGCCAUGCCAGGGCUCUCAGUGCCGCCUCAAGGGACCGGUGCAUCCAAUCUGUGUCAUCCAUGCCUCAUCCUCACCUGCAGUGCCAUCACCAUAUCUUCAUUCCUCCUCUGUUUUGCUUCUACGCCCAUCCCUGCCUCUGCUGGUCGCGGCCAUGCCAGGGCUCUCAGUGCCGCCUCAAGGGACCGGUGCAUCCAAUCUGUGUCAUCCAUGCCUCAUCCUCACCUGCAGUGCCAUCACCAUAUCUUCAUUCCUCCUCUGUUUUGCUUCUACGCCCAUCCCUGCCUCUGCUGGUCGCGGCCAUGCCAGGGCUCUCAGUGCCGCCUCAAGGGACCGGUGCAUCCAAUCUGUGUCAUCCAUGCCUCAUCCUCACCUGCAGUGCCAUCACCAUAUCUUCAUUCCUCCUCUGUUUUGCUUCUACGCCCAUCCCUGCCUCUGCUGGUCGCGGCCAUGCCAGGGCUCUCAGUGCCGCCUCAAGGGACCGGUGCAUCCAAUCUGUGUCAUCCAUGCCUCAUCCUCACCUGCAGUGCCAUCACCAUAUCUUCAUUCCUCCUCUGUUUUGCUUCUACGCCCAUCCCUGCCUCUGCUGGUCGCGGCCAUGCCAGGGCUCUCAGUGCCGCCUCAAGGGACCGGUGCAUCCAAUCUGUGUCAUCCAUGCCUCAUCCUCACCUGCAGUGCCAUCACCAUAUCUUCAUUCCUCCUCUGUUUUGCUUCUACGCCCAUCCCUGCCUCUGCUGGUCGCGGCCAUGCCAGGGCUCUCAGUGCCGCCUCAAGGGACCGGUGCAUCCAAUCUGUGUCAUCCAUGCCUCAUCCUCACCUGCAGUGCCAUCACCAUAUCUUCAUUCCUCCUCUGUUUUGCUUCUACGCCCAUCCCUGCCUCUGCUGGUCGCGGCCAUGCCAGGGCUCUCAGUGCCGCCUCAAGGGACCGGUGCAUCCAAUCUGUGUCAUCCAUGCCUCAUCCUCACCUGCAGUGCCAUCACCAUAUCUUCAUUCCUCCUCUGUUUUGCUUCUACGCCCAUCCCUGCCUCUGCUGGUCGCGGCCAUGCCAGGGCUCUCAGUGCCGCCUCAAGGGACCGGUGCAUCCAAUCUGUGUCAUCCAUGCCUCAUCCUCACCUGCAGUGCCAUCACCAUAUCUUCAUUCCUCCUCUGUUUUGCUUCUACGCCCAUCCCUGCCUCUGCUGGUCGCGGCCAUGCCAGGGCUCUCAGUGCCGCCUCAAGGGACCGGUGCAUCCAAUCUGUGUCAUCCAUGCCUCAUCCUCACCUGCAGUGCCAUCACCAUAUCUUCAUUCCUCCUCUGUUUUGCUUCUACGCCCAUCCCUGCCUCUGCUGGUCGCGGCCAUGCCAGGGCUCUCAGUGCCGCCUCAAGGGACCGGUGCAUCCAAUCUGUGUCAUCCAUGCCUCAUCCUCACCUGCAGUGCCAUCACCAUAUCUUCAUUCCUCCUCUGUUUUGCUUCUACGCCCAUCCCUGCCUCUGCUGGUCGCGGCCAUGCCAGGGCUCUCAGUGCCGCCUCAAGGGACCGGUGCAUCCAAUCUGUGUCAUCCAUGCCUCAUCCUCACCUGCAGUGCCAUCACCAUAUCUUCAUUCCUCCUCUGUUUUGCUUCUACGCCCAUCCCUGCCUCUGCUGGUCGCGGCCAUGCCAGGGCUCUCAGUGCCGCCUCAAGGGACCGGUGCAUCCAAUCUGUGUCAUCCAUGCCUCAUCCUCACCUGCAGUGCCAUCACCAUAUCUUCAUUCCUCCUCUGUUUUGCUUCUACGCCCAUCCCUGCCUCUGCUGGUCGCGGCCAUGCCAGGGCUCUCAGUGCCGCCUCAAGGGACCGGUGCAUCCAAUCUGUGUCAUCCAUGCCUCAUCCUCACCUGCAGUGCCAUCACCAUAUCUUCAUUCCUCCUCUGUUUUGCUUCUACGCCCAUCCCUGCCUCUGCUGGUCGCGGCCAUGCCAGGGCUCUCAGUGCCGCCUCAAGGGACCGGUGCAUCCAAUCUGUGUCAUCCAUGCCUCAUCCUCACCUGCAGUGCCAUCACCAUAUCUUCAUUCCUCCUCUGUUUUGCUUCUACGCCCAUCCCUGCCUCUGCUGGUCGCGGCCAUGCCAGGGCUCUCAGUGCCGCCUCAAGGGACCGGUGCAUCCAAUCUGUGUCAUCCAUGCCUCAUCCUCACCUGCAGUGCCAUCACCAUAUCUUCAUUCCUCCUCUGUUUUGCUUCUACGCCCAUCCCUGCCUCUGCUGGUCGCGGCCAUGCCAGGGCUCUCAGUGCCGCCUCAAGGGACCGGUGCAUCCAAUCUGUGUCAUCCAUGCCUCAUCCUCACCUGCAGUGCCAUCACCAUAUCUUCAUUCCUCCUCUGUUUUGCUUCUACGCCCAUCCCUGCCUCUGCUGGUCGCGGCCAUGCCAGGGCUCUCAGUGCCGCCUCAAGGGACCGGUGCAUCCAAUCUGUGUCAUCCAUGCCUCAUCCUCACCUGCAGUGCCAUCACCAUAUCUUCAUUCCUCCUCUGUUUUGCUUCUACGCCCAUCCCUGCCUCUGCUGGUCGCGGCCAUGCCAGGGCUCUCAGUGCCGCCUCAAGGGACCGGUGCAUCCAAUCUGUGUCAUCCAUGCCUCAUCCUCACCUGCAGUGCCAUCACCAUAUCUUCAUUCCUCCUCUGUUUUGCUUCUACGCCCAUCCCUGCCUCUGCUGGUCGCGGCCAUGCCAGGGCUCUCAGUGCCGCCUCAAGGGACCGGUGCAUCCAAUCUGUGUCAUCCAUGCCUCAUCCUCACCUGCAGUGCCAUCACCAUAUCUUCAUUCCUCCUCUGUUUUGCUUCUACGCCCAUCCCUGCCUCUGCUGGUCGCGGCCAUGCCAGGGCUCUCAGUGCCGCCUCAAGGGACCGGUGCAUCCAAUCUGUGUCAUCCAUGCCUCAUCCUCACCUGCAGUGCCAUCACCAUAUCUUCAUUCCUCCUCUGUUUUGCUUCUACGCCCAUCCCUGCCUCUGCUGGUCGCGGCCAUGCCAGGGCUCUCAGUGCCGCCUCAAGGGACCGGUGCAUCCAAUCUGUGUCAUCCAUGCCUCAUCCUCACCUGCAGUGCCAUCACCAUAUCUUCAUUCCUCCUCUGUUUUGCUUCUACGCCCAUCCCUGCCUCUGCUGGUCGCGGCCAUGCCAGGGCUCUCAGUGCCGCCUCAAGGGACCGGUGCAUCCAAUCUGUGUCAUCCAUGCCUCAUCCUCACCUGCAGUGCCAUCACCAUAUCUUCAUUCCUCCUCUGUUUUGCUUCUACGCCCAUCCCUGCCUCUGCUGGUCGCGGCCAUGCCAGGGCUCUCAGUGCCGCCUCAAGGGACCGGUGCAUCCAAUCUGUGUCAUCCAUGCCUCAUCCUCACCUGCAGUGCCAUCACCAUAUCUUCAUUCCUCCUCUGUUUUGCUUCUACGCCCAUCCCUGCCUCUGCUGGUCGCGGCCAUGCCAGGGCUCUCAGUGCCGCCUCAAGGGACCGGUGCAUCCAAUCUGGCUCUCAGUGCCGCCUCAAGGGACCGGUGCAUCCAAUCUGUGUCAUCCAUGCCUCAUCCUCACCUGCAGUGCCAUCACCAUAUCUUCAUUCCUCCUCUGUUUUGCUUCUACGCCCAUCCCUGCCUCUGCUGGUCGCGGCCAUGCCAGGGCUCUCAGUGCCGCCUCAAGGGACCGGUGCAUCCAAUCUGUGUCAUCCAUGCCUCAUCCUCACCUGCAGUGCCAUCACCAUAUCUUCAUUCCUCCUCUGUUUUGCUUCUACGCCCAUCCCUGCCUCUGCUGGUCGCGGCCAUGCCAGGGCUCUCAGUGCCGCCUCAAGGGACCGGUGCAUCCAAUCUGUGUCAUCCAUGCCUCAUCCUCACCUGCAGUGCCAUCACCAUAUCUUCAUUCCUCCUCUGUUUUGCUUCUACGCCCAUCCCUGCCUCUGCUGGUCGCGGCCAUGCCAGGGCUCUCAGUGCCGCCUCAAGGGACCGGUGCAUCCAAUCUGUGUCAUCCAUGCCUCAUCCUCACCUGCAGUGCCAUCACCAUAUCUUCAUUCCUCCUCUGUUUUGCUUCUACGCCCAUCCCUGCCUCUGCUGGUCGCGGCCAUGCCAGGGCUCUCAGUGCCGCCUCAAGGGACCGGUGCAUCCAAUCUGUGUCAUCCAUGCCUCAUCCUCACCUGCAGUGCCAUCACCAUAUCUUCAUUCCUCCUCUGUUUUGCUUCUACGCCCAUCCCUGCCUCUGCUGGUCGCGGCCAUGCCAGGGCUCUCAGUGCCGCCUCAAGGGACCGGUGCAUCCAAUCUGUGUCAUCCAUGCCUCAUCCUCACCUGCAGUGCCAUCACCAUAUCUUCAUUCCUCCUCUGUUUUGCUUCUACGCCCAUCCCUGCCUCUGCUGGUCGCGGCCAUGCCAGGGCUCUCAGUGCCGCCUCAAGGGACCGGUGCAUCCAAUCUGUGUCAUCCAUGCCUCAUCCUCACCUGCAGUGCCAUCACCAUAUCUUCAUUCCUCCUCUGUUUUGCUUCUACGCCCAUCCCUGCCUCUGCUGGUCGCGGCCAUGCCAGGGCUCUCAGUGCCGCCUCAAGGGACCGGUGCAUCCAAUCUGUGUCAUCCAUGCCUCAUCCUCACCUGCAGUGCCAUCACCAUAUCUUCAUUCCUCCUCUGUUUUGCUUCUACGCCCAUCCCUGCCUCUGCUGGUCGCGGCCAUGCCAGGGCUCUCAGUGCCGCCUCAAGGGACCGGUGCAUCCAAUCUGUGUCAUCCAUGCCUCAUCCUCACCUGCAGUGCCAUCACCAUAUCUUCAUUCCUCCUCUGUUUUGCUUCUACGCCCAUCCCUGCCUCUGCUGGUCGCGGCCAUGCCAGGGCUCUCAGUGCCGCCUCAAGGGACCGGUGCAUCCAAUCUGUGUCAUCCAUGCCUCAUCCUCACCUGCAGUGCCAUCACCAUAUCUUCAUUCCUCCUCUGUUUUGCUUCUACGCCCAUCCCUGCCUCUGCUGGUCGCGGCCAUGCCAGGGCUCUCAGUGCCGCCUCAAGGGACCGGUGCAUCCAAUCUGUGUCAUCCAUGCCUCAUCCUCACCUGCAGUGCCAUCACCAUAUCUUCAUUCCUCCUCUGUUUUGCUUCUACGCCCAUCCCUGCCUCUGCUGGUCGCGGCCAUGCCAGGGCUCUCAGUGCCGCCUCAAGGGACCGGUGCAUCCAAUCUGUGUCAUCCAUGCCUCAUCCUCACCUGCAGUGCCAUCACCAUAUCUUCAUUCCUCCUCUGUUUUGCUUCUACGCCCAUCCCUGCCUCUGCUGGUCGCGGCCAUGCCAGGGCUCUCAGUGCCGCCUCAAGGGACCGGUGCAUCCAAUCUGUGUCAUCCAUGCCUCAUCCUCACCUGCAGUGCCAUCACCAUAUCUUCAUUCCUCCUCUGUUUUGCUUCUACGCCCAUCCCUGCCUCUGCUGGUCGCGGCCAUGCCAGGGCUCUCAGUGCCGCCUCAAGGGACCGGUGCAUCCAAUCUGUGUCAUCCAUGCCUCAUCCUCACCUGCAGUGCCAUCACCAUAUCUUCAUUCCUCCUCUGUUUUGCUUCUACGCCCAUCCCUGCCUCUGCUGGUCGCGGCCAUGCCAGGGCUCUCAGUGCCGCCUCAAGGGACCGGUGCAUCCAAUCUGUGUCAUCCAUGCCUCAUCCUCACCUGCAGUGCCAUCACCAUAUCUUCAUUCCUCCUCUGUUUUGCUUCUACGCCCAUCCCUGCCUCUGCUGGUCGCGGCCAUGCCAGGGCUCUCAGUGCCGCCUCAAGGGACCGGUGCAUCCAAUCUGUGUCAUCCAUGCCUCAUCCUCACCUGCAGUGCCAUCACCAUAUCUUCAUUCCUCCUCUGUUUUGCUUCUACGCCCAUCCCUGCCUCUGCUGGUCGCGGCCAUGCCAGGGCUCUCAGUGCCGCCUCAAGGGACCGGUGCAUCCAAUCUGUGUCAUCCAUGCCUCAUCCUCACCUGCAGUGCCAUCACCAUAUCUUCAUUCCUCCUCUGUUUUGCUUCUACGCCCAUCCCUGCCUCUGCUGGUCGCGGCCAUGCCAGGGCUCUCAGUGCCGCCUCAAGGGACCGGUGCAUCCAAUCUGUGUCAUCCAUGCCUCAUCCUCACCUGCAGUGCCAUCACCAUAUCUUCAUUCCUCCUCUGUUUUGCUUCUACGCCCAUCCCUGCCUCUGCUGGUCGCGGCCAUGCCAGGGCUCUCAGUGCCGCCUCAAGGGACCGGUGCAUCCAAUCUGUGUCAUCCAUGCCUCAUCCUCACCUGCAGUGCCAUCACCAUAUCUUCAUUCCUCCUCUGUUUUGCUUCUACGCCCAUCCCUGCCUCUGCUGGUCGCGGCCAUGCCAGGGCUCUCAGUGCCGCCUCAAGGGACCGGUGCAUCCAAUCUGUGUCAUCCAUGCCUCAUCCUCACCUGCAGUGCCAUCACCAUAUCUUCAUUCCUCCUCUGUUUUGCUUCUACGCCCAUCCCUGCCUCUGCUGGUCGCGGCCAUGCCAGGGCUCUCAGUGCCGCCUCAAGGGACCGGUGCAUCCAAUCUGUGUCAUCCAUGCCUCAUCCUCACCUGCAGUGCCAUCACCAUAUCUUCAUUCCUCCUCUGUUUUGCUUCUACGCCCAUCCCUGCCUCUGCUGGUCGCGGCCAUGCCAGGGCUCUCAGUGCCGCCUCAAGGGACCGGUGCAUCCAAUCUGUGUCAUCCAUGCCUCAUCCUCACCUGCAGUGCCAUCACCAUAUCUUCAUUCCUCCUCUGUUUUGCUUCUACGCCCAUCCCUGCCUCUGCUGGUCGCGGCCAUGCCAGGGCUCUCAGUGCCGCCUCAAGGGACCGGUGCAUCCAAUCUGUGUCAUCCAUGCCUCAUCCUCACCUGCAGUGCCAUCACCAUAUCUUCAUUCCUCCUCUGUUUUGCUUCUACGCCCAUCCCUGCCUCUGCUGGUCGCGGCCAUGCCAGGGCUCUCAGUGCCGCCUCAAGGGACCGGUGCAUCCAAUCUGUGUCAUCCAUGCCUCAUCCUCACCUGCAGUGCCAUCACCAUAUCUUCAUUCCUCCUCUGUUUUGCUUCUACGCCCAUCCCUGCCUCUGCUGGUCGCGGCCAUGCCAGGGCUCUCAGUGCCGCCUCAAGGGACCGGUGCAUCCAAUCUGUGUCAUCCAUGCCUCAUCCUCACCUGCAGUGCCAUCACCAUAUCUUCAUUCCUCCUCUGUUUUGCUUCUACGCCCAUCCCUGCCUCUGCUGGUCGCGGCCAUGCCAGGGCUCUCAGUGCCGCCUCAAGGGACCGGUGCAUCCAAUCUGUGUCAUCCAUGCCUCAUCCUCACCUGCAGUGCCAUCACCAUAUCUUCAUUCCUCCUCUGUUUUGCUUCUACGCCCAUCCCUGCCUCUGCUGGUCGCGGCCAUGCCAGGGCUCUCAGUGCCGCCUCAAGGGACCGGUGCAUCCAAUCUGUGUCAUCCAUGCCUCAUCCUCACCUGCAGUGCCAUCACCAUAUCUUCAUUCCUCCUCUGUUUUGCUUCUACGCCCAUCCCUGCCUCUGCUGGUCGCGGCCAUGCCAGGGCUCUCAGUGCCGCCUCAAGGGACCGGUGCAUCCAAUCUGUGUCAUCCAUGCCUCAUCCUCACCUGCAGUGCCAUCACCAUAUCUUCAUUCCUCCUCUGUUUUGCUUCUACGCCCAUCCCUGCCUCUGCUGGUCGCGGCCAUGCCAGGGCUCUCAGUGCCGCCUCAAGGGACCGGUGCAUCCAAUCUGUGUCAUCCAUGCCUCAUCCUCACCUGCAGUGCCAUCACCAUAUCUUCAUUCCUCCUCUGUUUUGCUUCUACGCCCAUCCCUGCCUCUGCUGGUCGCGGCCAUGCCAGGGCUCUCAGUGCCGCCUCAAGGGACCGGUGCAUCCAAUCUGUGUCAUCCAUGCCUCAUCCUCACCUGCAGUGCCAUCACCAUAUCUUCAUUCCUCCUCUGUUUUGCUUCUACGCCCAUCCCUGCCUCUGCUGGUCGCGGCCAUGCCAGGGCUCUCAGUGCCGCCUCAAGGGACCGGUGCAUCCAAUCUGUGUCAUCCAUGCCUCAUCCUCACCUGCAGUGCCAUCACCAUAUCUUCAUUCCUCCUCUGUUUUGCUUCUACGCCCAUCCCUGCCUCUGCUGGUCGCGGCCAUGCCAGGGCUCUCAGUGCCGCCUCAAGGGACCGGUGCAUCCAAUCUGUGUCAUCCAUGCCUCAUCCUCACCUGCAGUGCCAUCACCAUAUCUUCAUUCCUCCUCUGUUUUGCUUCUACGCCCAUCCCUGCCUCUGCUGGUCGCGGCCAUGCCAGGGCUCUCAGUGCCGCCUCAAGGGACCGGUGCAUCCAAUCUGUGUCAUCCAUGCCUCAUCCUCACCUGCAGUGCCAUCACCAUAUCUUCAUUCCUCCUCUGUUUUGCUUCUACGCCCAUCCCUGCCUCUGCUGGUCGCGGCCAUGCCAGGGCUCUCAGUGCCGCCUCAAGGGACCGGUGCAUCCAAUCUGUGUCAUCCAUGCCUCAUCCUCACCUGCAGUGCCAUCACCAUAUCUUCAUUCCUCCUCUGUUUUGCUUCUACGCCCAUCCCUGCCUCUGCUGGUCGCGGCCAUGCCAGGGCUCUCAGUGCCGCCUCAAGGGACCGGUGCAUCCAAUCUGUGUCAUCCAUGCCUCAUCCUCACCUGCAGUGCCAUCACCAUAUCUUCAUUCCUCCUCUGUUUUGCUUCUACGCCCAUCCCUGCCUCUGCUGGUCGCGGCCAUGCCAGGGCUCUCAGUGCCGCCUCAAGGGACCGGUGCAUCCAAUCUGUGUCAUCCAUGCCUCAUCCUCACCUGCAGUGCCAUCACCAUAUCUUCAUUCCUCCUCUGUUUUGCUUCUACGCCCAUCCCUGCCUCUGCUGGUCGCGGCCAUGCCAGGGCUCUCAGUGCCGCCUCAAGGGACCGGUGCAUCCAAUCUGUGUCAUCCAUGCCUCAUCCUCACCUGCAGUGCCAUCACCAUAUCUUCAUUCCUCCUCUGUUUUGCUUCUACGCCCAUCCCUGCCUCUGCUGGUCGCGGCCAUGCCAGGGCUCUCAGUGCCGCCUCAAGGGACCGGUGCAUCCAAUCUGUGUCAUCCAUGCCUCAUCCUCACCUGCAGUGCCAUCACCAUAUCUUCAUUCCUCCUCUGUUUUGCUUCUACGCCCAUCCCUGCCUCUGCUGGUCGCGGCCAUGCCAGGGCUCUCAGUGCCGCCUCAAGGGACCGGUGCAUCCAAUCUGUGUCAUCCAUGCCUCAUCCUCACCUGCAGUGCCAUCACCAUAUCUUCAUUCCUCCUCUGUUUUGCUUCUACGCCCAUCCCUGCCUCUGCUGGUCGCGGCCAUGCCAGGGCUCUCAGUGCCGCCUCAAGGGACCGGUGCAUCCAAUCUGUGUCAUCCAUGCCUCAUCCUCACCUGCAGUGCCAUCACCAUAUCUUCAUUCCUCCUCUGUUUUGCUUCUACGCCCAUCCCUGCCUCUGCUGGUCGCGGCCAUGCCAGGGCUCUCAGUGCCGCCUCAAGGGACCGGUGCAUCCAAUCUGUGUCAUCCAUGCCUCAUCCUCACCUGCAGUGCCAUCACCAUAUCUUCAUUCCUCCUCUGUUUUGCUUCUACGCCCAUCCCUGCCUCUGCUGGUCGCGGCCAUGCCAGGGCUCUCAGUGCCGCCUCAAGGGACCGGUGCAUCCAAUCUGUGUCAUCCAUGCCUCAUCCUCACCUGCAGUGCCAUCACCAUAUCUUCAUUCCUCCUCUGUUUUGCUUCUACGCCCAUCCCUGCCUCUGCUGGUCGCGGCCAUGCCAGGGCUCUCAGUGCCGCCUCAAGGGACCGGUGCAUCCAAUCUGUGUCAUCCAUGCCUCAUCCUCACCUGCAGUGCCAUCACCAUAUCUUCAUUCCUCCUCUGUUUUGCUUCUACGCCCAUCCCUGCCUCUGCUGGUCGCGGCCAUGCCAGGGCUCUCAGUGCCGCCUCAAGGGACCGGUGCAUCCAAUCUGUGUCAUCCAUGCCUCAUCCUCACCUGCAGUGCCAUCACCAUAUCUUCAUUCCUCCUCUGUUUUGCUUCUACGCCCAUCCCUGCCUCUGCUGGUCGCGGCCAUGCCAGGGCUCUCAGUGCCGCCUCAAGGGACCGGUGCAUCCAAUCUGUGUCAUCCAUGCCUCAUCCUCACCUGCAGUGCCAUCACCAUAUCUUCAUUCCUCCUCUGUUUUGCUUCUACGCCCAUCCCUGCCUCUGCUGGUCGCGGCCAUGCCAGGGCUCUCAGUGCCGCCUCAAGGGACCGGUGCAUCCAAUCUGUGUCAUCCAUGCCUCAUCCUCACCUGCAGUGCCAUCACCAUAUCUUCAUUCCUCCUCUGUUUUGCUUCUACGCCCAUCCCUGCCUCUGCUGGUCGCGGCCAUGCCAGGGCUCUCAGUGCCGCCUCAAGGGACCGGUGCAUCCAAUCUGUGUCAUCCAUGCCUCAUCCUCACCUGCAGUGCCAUCACCAUAUCUUCAUUCCUCCUCUGUUUUGCUUCUACGCCCAUCCCUGCCUCUGCUGGUCGCGGCCAUGCCAGGGCUCUCAGUGCCGCCUCAAGGGACCGGUGCAUCCAAUCUGUGUCAUCCAUGCCUCAUCCUCACCUGCAGUGCCAUCACCAUAUCUUCAUUCCUCCUCUGUUUUGCUUCUACGCCCAUCCCUGCCUCUGCUGGUCGCGGCCAUGCCAGGGCUCUCAGUGCCGCCUCAAGGGACCGGUGCAUCCAAUCUGUGUCAUCCAUGCCUCAUCCUCACCUGCAGUGCCAUCACCAUAUCUUCAUUCCUCCUCUGUUUUGCUUCUACGCCCAUCCCUGCCUCUGCUGGUCGCGGCCAUGCCAGGGCUCUCAGUGCCGCCUCAAGGGACCGGUGCAUCCAAUCUGUGUCAUCCAUGCCUCAUCCUCACCUGCAGUGCCAUCACCAUAUCUUCAUUCCUCCUCUGUUUUGCUUCUACGCCCAUCCCUGCCUCUGCUGGUCGCGGCCAUGCCAGGGCUCUCAGUGCCGCCUCAAGGGACCGGUGCAUCCAAUCUGUGUCAUCCAUGCCUCAUCCUCACCUGCAGUGCCAUCACCAUAUCUUCAUUCCUCCUCUGUUUUGCUUCUACGCCCAUCCCUGCCUCUGCUGGUCGCGGCCAUGCCAGGGCUCUCAGUGCCGCCUCAAGGGACCGGUGCAUCCAAUCUGUGUCAUCCAUGCCUCAUCCUCACCUGCAGUGCCAUCACCAUAUCUUCAUUCCUCCUCUGUUUUGCUUCUACGCCCAUCCCUGCCUCUGCUGGUCGCGGCCAUGCCAGGGCUCUCAGUGCCGCCUCAAGGGACCGGUGCAUCCAAUCUGUGUCAUCCAUGCCUCAUCCUCACCUGCAGUGCCAUCACCAUAUCUUCAUUCCUCCUCUGUUUUGCUUCUACGCCCAUCCCUGCCUCUGCUGGUCGCGGCCAUGCCAGGGCUCUCAGUGCCGCCUCAAGGGACCGGUGCAUCCAAUCUGUGUCAUCCAUGCCUCAUCCUCACCUGCAGUGCCAUCACCAUAUCUUCAUUCCUCCUCUGUUUUGCUUCUACGCCCAUCCCUGCCUCUGCUGGUCGCGGCCAUGCCAGGGCUCUCAGUGCCGCCUCAAGGGACCGGUGCAUCCAAUCUGUGUCAUCCAUGCCUCAUCCUCACCUGCAGUGCCAUCACCAUAUCUUCAUUCCUCCUCUGUUUUGCUUCUACGCCCAUCCCUGCCUCUGCUGGUCGCGGCCAUGCCAGGGCUCUCAGUGCCGCCUCAAGGGACCGGUGCAUCCAAUCUGUGUCAUCCAUGCCUCAUCCUCACCUGCAGUGCCAUCACCAUAUCUUCAUUCCUCCUCUGUUUUGCUUCUACGCCCAUCCCUGCCUCUGCUGGUCGCGGCCAUGCCAGGGCUCUCAGUGCCGCCUCAAGGGACCGGUGCAUCCAAUCUGUGUCAUCCAUGCCUCAUCCUCACCUGCAGUGCCAUCACCAUAUCUUCAUUCCUCCUCUGUUUUGCUUCUACGCCCAUCCCUGCCUCUGCUGGUCGCGGCCAUGCCAGGGCUCUCAGUGCCGCCUCAAGGGACCGGUGCAUCCAAUCUGUGUCAUCCAUGCCUCAUCCUCACCUGCAGUGCCAUCACCAUAUCUUCAUUCCUCCUCUGUUUUGCUUCUACGCCCAUCCCUGCCUCUGCUGGUCGCGGCCAUGCCAGGGCUCUCAGUGCCGCCUCAAGGGACCGGUGCAUCCAAUCUGUGUCAUCCAUGCCUCAUCCUCACCUGCAGUGCCAUCACCAUAUCUUCAUUCCUCCUCUGUUUUGCUUCUACGCCCAUCCCUGCCUCUGCUGGUCGCGGCCAUGCCAGGGCUCUCAGUGCCGCCUCAAGGGACCGGUGCAUCCAAUCUGUGUCAUCCAUGCCUCAUCCUCACCUGCAGUGCCAUCACCAUAUCUUCAUUCCUCCUCUGUUUUGCUUCUACGCCCAUCCCUGCCUCUGCUGGUCGCGGCCAUGCCAGGGCUCUCAGUGCCGCCUCAAGGGACCGGUGCAUCCAAUCUGUGUCAUCCAUGCCUCAUCCUCACCUGCAGUGCCAUCACCAUAUCUUCAUUCCUCCUCUGUUUUGCUUCUACGCCCAUCCCUGCCUCUGCUGGUCGCGGCCAUGCCAGGGCUCUCAGUGCCGCCUCAAGGGACCGGUGCAUCCAAUCUGUGUCAUCCAUGCCUCAUCCUCACCUGCAGUGCCAUCACCAUAUCUUCAUUCCUCCUCUGUUUUGCUUCUACGCCCAUCCCUGCCUCUGCUGGUCGCGGCCAUGCCAGGGCUCUCAGUGCCGCCUCAAGGGACCGGUGCAUCCAAUCUGUGUCAUCCAUGCCUCAUCCUCACCUGCAGUGCCAUCACCAUAUCUUCAUUCCUCCUCUGUUUUGCUUCUACGCCCAUCCCUGCCUCUGCUGGUCGCGGCCAUGCCAGGGCUCUCAGUGCCGCCUCAAGGGACCGGUGCAUCCAAUCUGUGUCAUCCAUGCCUCAUCCUCACCUGCAGUGCCAUCACCAUAUCUUCAUUCCUCCUCUGUUUUGCUUCUACGCCCAUCCCUGCCUCUGCUGGUCGCGGCCAUGCCAGGGCUCUCAGUGCCGCCUCAAGGGACCGGUGCAUCCAAUCUGUGUCAUCCAUGCCUCAUCCUCACCUGCAGUGCCAUCACCAUAUCUUCAUUCCUCCUCUGUUUUGCUUCUACGCCCAUCCCUGCCUCUGCUGGUCGCGGCCAUGCCAGGGCUCUCAGUGCCGCCUCAAGGGACCGGUGCAUCCAAUCUGUGUCAUCCAUGCCUCAUCCUCACCUGCAGUGCCAUCACCAUAUCUUCAUUCCUCCUCUGUUUUGCUUCUACGCCCAUCCCUGCCUCUGCUGGUCGCGGCCAUGCCAGGGCUCUCAGUGCCGCCUCAAGGGACCGGUGCAUCCAAUCUGUGUCAUCCAUGCCUCAUCCUCACCUGCAGUGCCAUCACCAUAUCUUCAUUCCUCCUCUGUUUUGCUUCUACGCCCAUCCCUGCCUCUGCUGGUCGCGGCCAUGCCAGGGCUCUCAGUGCCGCCUCAAGGGACCGGUGCAUCCAAUCUGUGUCAUCCAUGCCUCAUCCUCACCUGCAGUGCCAUCACCAUAUCUUCAUUCCUCCUCUGUUUUGCUUCUACGCCCAUCCCUGCCUCUGCUGGUCGCGGCCAUGCCAGGGCUCUCAGUGCCGCCUCAAGGGACCGGUGCAUCCAAUCUGUGUCAUCCAUGCCUCAUCCUCACCUGCAGUGCCAUCACCAUAUCUUCAUUCCUCCUCUGUUUUGCUUCUACGCCCAUCCCUGCCUCUGCUGGUCGCGGCCAUGCCAGGGCUCUCAGUGCCGCCUCAAGGGACCGGUGCAUCCAAUCUGUGUCAUCCAUGCCUCAUCCUCACCUGCAGUGCCAUCACCAUAUCUUCAUUCCUCCUCUGUUUUGCUUCUACGCCCAUCCCUGCCUCUGCUGGUCGCGGCCAUGCCAGGGCUCUCAGUGCCGCCUCAAGGGACCGGUGCAUCCAAUCUGUGUCAUCCAUGCCUCAUCCUCACCUGCAGUGCCAUCACCAUAUCUUCAUUCCUCCUCUGUUUUGCUUCUACGCCCAUCCCUGCCUCUGCUGGUCGCGGCCAUGCCAGGGCUCUCAGUGCCGCCUCAAGGGACCGGUGCAUCCAAUCUGUGUCAUCCAUGCCUCAUCCUCACCUGCAGUGCCAUCACCAUAUCUUCAUUCCUCCUCUGUUUUGCUUCUACGCCCAUCCCUGCCUCUGCUGGUCGCGGCCAUGCCAGGGCUCUCAGUGCCGCCUCAAGGGACCGGUGCAUCCAAUCUGUGUCAUCCAUGCCUCAUCCUCACCUGCAGUGCCAUCACCAUAUCUUCAUUCCUCCUCUGUUUUGCUUCUACGCCCAUCCCUGCCUCUGCUGGUCGCGGCCAUGCCAGGGCUCUCAGUGCCGCCUCAAGGGACCGGUGCAUCCAAUCUGUGUCAUCCAUGCCUCAUCCUCACCUGCAGUGCCAUCACCAUAUCUUCAUUCCUCCUCUGUUUUGCUUCUACGCCCAUCCCUGCCUCUGCUGGUCGCGGCCAUGCCAGGGCUCUCAGUGCCGCCUCAAGGGACCGGUGCAUCCAAUCUGUGUCAUCCAUGCCUCAUCCUCACCUGCAGUGCCAUCACCAUAUCUUCAUUCCUCCUCUGUUUUGCUUCUACGCCCAUCCCUGCCUCUGCUGGUCGCGGCCAUGCCAGGGCUCUCAGUGCCGCCUCAAGGGACCGGUGCAUCCAAUCUGUGUCAUCCAUGCCUCAUCCUCACCUGCAGUGCCAUCACCAUAUCUUCAUUCCUCCUCUGUUUUGCUUCUACGCCCAUCCCUGCCUCUGCUGGUCGCGGCCAUGCCAGGGCUCUCAGUGCCGCCUCAAGGGACCGGUGCAUCCAAUCUGUGUCAUCCAUGCCUCAUCCUCACCUGCAGUGCCAUCACCAUAUCUUCAUUCCUCCUCUGUUUUGCUUCUACGCCCAUCCCUGCCUCUGCUGGUCGCGGCCAUGCCAGGGCUCUCAGUGCCGCCUCAAGGGACCGGUGCAUCCAAUCUGUGUCAUCCAUGCCUCAUCCUCACCUGCAGUGCCAUCACCAUAUCUUCAUUCCUCCUCUGUUUUGCUUCUACGCCCAUCCCUGCCUCUGCUGGUCGCGGCCAUGCCAGGGCUCUCAGUGCCGCCUCAAGGGACCGGUGCAUCCAAUCUGUGUCAUCCAUGCCUCAUCCUCACCUGCAGUGCCAUCACCAUAUCUUCAUUCCUCCUCUGUUUUGCUUCUACGCCCAUCCCUGCCUCUGCUGGUCGCGGCCAUGCCAGGGCUCUCAGUGCCGCCUCAAGGGACCGGUGCAUCCAAUCUGUGUCAUCCAUGCCUCAUCCUCACCUGCAGUGCCAUCACCAUAUCUUCAUUCCUCCUCUGUUUUGCUUCUACGCCCAUCCCUGCCUCUGCUGGUCGCGGCCAUGCCAGGGCUCUCAGUGCCGCCUCAAGGGACCGGUGCAUCCAAUCUGUGUCAUCCAUGCCUCAUCCUCACCUGCAGUGCCAUCACCAUAUCUUCAUUCCUCCUCUGUUUUGCUUCUACGCCCAUCCCUGCCUCUGCUGGUCGCGGCCAUGCCAGGGCUCUCAGUGCCGCCUCAAGGGACCGGUGCAUCCAAUCUGUGUCAUCCAUGCCUCAUCCUCACCUGCAGUGCCAUCACCAUAUCUUCAUUCCUCCUCUGUUUUGCUUCUACGCCCAUCCCUGCCUCUGCUGGUCGCGGCCAUGCCAGGGCUCUCAGUGCCGCCUCAAGGGACCGGUGCAUCCAAUCUGUGUCAUCCAUGCCUCAUCCUCACCUGCAGUGCCAUCACCAUAUCUUCAUUCCUCCUCUGUUUUGCUUCUACGCCCAUCCCUGCCUCUGCUGGUCGCGGCCAUGCCAGGGCUCUCAGUGCCGCCUCAAGGGACCGGUGCAUCCAAUCUGUGUCAUCCAUGCCUCAUCCUCACCUGCAGUGCCAUCACCAUAUCUUCAUUCCUCCUCUGUUUUGCUUCUACGCCCAUCCCUGCCUCUGCUGGUCGCGGCCAUGCCAGGGCUCUCAGUGCCGCCUCAAGGGACCGGUGCAUCCAAUCUGUGUCAUCCAUGCCUCAUCCUCACCUGCAGUGCCAUCACCAUAUCUUCAUUCCUCCUCUGUUUUGCUUCUACGCCCAUCCCUGCCUCUGCUGGUCGCGGCCAUGCCAGGGCUCUCAGUGCCGCCUCAAGGGACCGGUGCAUCCAAUCUGUGUCAUCCAUGCCUCAUCCUCACCUGCAGUGCCAUCACCAUAUCUUCAUUCCUCCUCUGUUUUGCUUCUACGCCCAUCCCUGCCUCUGCUGGUCGCGGCCAUGCCAGGGCUCUCAGUGCCGCCUCAAGGGACCGGUGCAUCCAAUCUGUGUCAUCCAUGCCUCAUCCUCACCUGCAGUGCCAUCACCAUAUCUUCAUUCCUCCUCUGUUUUGCUUCUACGCCCAUCCCUGCCUCUGCUGGUCGCGGCCAUGCCAGGGCUCUCAGUGCCGCCUCAAGGGACCGGUGCAUCCAAUCUGUGUCAUCCAUGCCUCAUCCUCACCUGCAGUGCCAUCACCAUAUCUUCAUUCCUCCUCUGUUUUGCUUCUACGCCCAUCCCUGCCUCUGCUGGUCGCGGCCAUGCCAGGGCUCUCAGUGCCGCCUCAAGGGACCGGUGCAUCCAAUCUGUGUCAUCCAUGCCUCAUCCUCACCUGCAGUGCCAUCACCAUAUCUUCAUUCCUCCUCUGUUUUGCUUCUACGCCCAUCCCUGCCUCUGCUGGUCGCGGCCAUGCCAGGGCUCUCAGUGCCGCCUCAAGGGACCGGUGCAUCCAAUCUGUGUCAUCCAUGCCUCAUCCUCACCUGCAGUGCCAUCACCAUAUCUUCAUUCCUCCUCUGUUUUGCUUCUACGCCCAUCCCUGCCUCUGCUGGUCGCGGCCAUGCCAGGGCUCUCAGUGCCGCCUCAAGGGACCGGUGCAUCCAAUCUGUGUCAUCCAUGCCUCAUCCUCACCUGCAGUGCCAUCACCAUAUCUUCAUUCCUCCUCUGUUUUGCUUCUACGCCCAUCCCUGCCUCUGCUGGUCGCGGCCAUGCCAGGGCUCUCAGUGCCGCCUCAAGGGACCGGUGCAUCCAAUCUGUGUCAUCCAUGCCUCAUCCUCACCUGCAGUGCCAUCACCAUAUCUUCAUUCCUCCUCUGUUUUGCUUCUACGCCCAUCCCUGCCUCUGCUGGUCGCGGCCAUGCCAGGGCUCUCAGUGCCGCCUCAAGGGACCGGUGCAUCCAAUCUGUGUCAUCCAUGCCUCAUCCUCACCUGCAGUGCCAUCACCAUAUCUUCAUUCCUCCUCUGUUUUGCUUCUACGCCCAUCCCUGCCUCUGCUGGUCGCGGCCAUGCCAGGGCUCUCAGUGCCGCCUCAAGGGACCGGUGCAUCCAAUCUGUGUCAUCCAUGCCUCAUCCUCACCUGCAGUGCCAUCACCAUAUCUUCAUUCCUCCUCUGUUUUGCUUCUACGCCCAUCCCUGCCUCUGCUGGUCGCGGCCAUGCCAGGGCUCUCAGUGCCGCCUCAAGGGACCGGUGCAUCCAAUCUGUGUCAUCCAUGCCUCAUCCUCACCUGCAGUGCCAUCACCAUAUCUUCAUUCCUCCUCUGUUUUGCUUCUACGCCCAUCCCUGCCUCUGCUGGUCGCGGCCAUGCCAGGGCUCUCAGUGCCGCCUCAAGGGACCGGUGCAUCCAAUCUGUGUCAUCCAUGCCUCAUCCUCACCUGCAGUCCCAUCACCAUAUCUUCAUUCCUCCUCUGUUUUGCUUCUACGCCCAUCCCUGCCUCUGCUGGUCGCGGCCAUGCCAGGGCUCUCAGUGCCGCCUCAAGGGACCGGUGCAUCCAAUCUGUGUCAUCCAUGCCUCAUCCUCACCUGCAGUGCCAUCACCAUAUCUUCAUUCCUCCUCUGUUUUGCUUCUACGCCCAUCCCUGCCUCUGCUGGUCGCGGCCAUGCCAGGGCUCUCAGUGCCGCCUCAAGGGACCGGUGCAUCCAAUCUGUGUCAUCCAUGCCUCAUCCUCACCUGCAGUGCCAUCACCAUAUCUUCAUUCCUCCUCUGUUUUGCUUCUACGCCCAUCCCUGCCUCUGCUGGUCGCGGCCAUGCCAGGGCUCUCAGUGCCGCCUCAAGGGACCGGUGCAUCCAAUCUGUGUCAUCCAUGCCUCAUCCUCACCUGCAGUGCCAUCACCAUAUCUUCAUUCCUCCUCUGUUUUGCUUCUACGCCCAUCCCUGCCUCUGCUGGUCGCGGCCAUGCCAGGGCUCUCAGUGCCGCCUCAAGGGACCGGUGCAUCCAAUCUGUGUCAUCCAUGCCUCAUCCUCACCUGCAGUGCCAUCACCAUAUCUUCAUUCCUCCUCUGUUUUGCUUCUACGCCCAUCCCUGCCCAUAAAAGCCGCGGAAUCGCGACAUUCCGGGCGGCACACACGCGUGGAAGAGAGGAGGGUUGGGAAAGAGGGAAUCCGGGGGGGACUGAAAGGGAAGGUGGGGAGAGCGGGGAGGGUGGGGAGGAGAGAGGGGGAAGGAAGAGAAAGGGAGAAGGUGAGAAGUUAA